CUGAAAAGCGCAAUGCACAUGCGGCAUGUGAACAGCGUGAGAGUCCAUCGGAGCAGAGGGAUCUUCAAAGGGGCUGAUUCGAGUGGGUGUCCCUGGAGGCAUGUUUCGUGGUUGCUUCUGUCAAACAAAGGAACGGCCUCCCGUGUCGCGCCGACACCAACGAAUCUUUAUCUCAAUCGGGCACGAGCUUCUUGGGUUGUUUGAGAACGUCAUCUCGGAUCAAGCUUUUGGCAUUUUGUAUCCUCGGCGCCUCACUCUCUCCUUUGUAUCCCCUACUCUGUCCAUUGCUGCUGUCGCGAAGAUUCACGAAUCAUUUCUGUCUACUCUGAUUGCGCGCGCGCUCGCGACCUAUCAACCACGACCCCGCCGCCGCCAUGGUCCAUACCCCUCGAGCCAAGCCCGUGCUUGAGAUCAUCCCAAACAACCGCUUUAUCGUCUUCCACGGUGACCAGCAUGAAGCCGAGACCAUCAAGCUGAACGGUGUUGUCCGUCUGACGACACCGGAUGCUAUGAGUAUCAAGAACGUCAAGAUCUGGCUUGAAGGCAAGCGAAGAAUCUCCUGGUUCUACAUGGGCGGCAUGGCAGCAGGCGAAGUGUCGGACAAGAAGACGUUCUGGCGGGAGGAACGCGCUCUGGGCACGUCCGGCACGCACAAGAUCAACUCGGGAUCGAUAGAAUGGCCAUUCGAAUACACGCUCGACCCCAGCAUGCCCGAGAGUAUCGAGGGCAUGAACAGCACCUACAUCGUCUACUACCUGCACGCAAGCGUCUCACGACCUGGCUGGAACGCCAAGGACAUCACCACGACCCAGCACAUCCGCAUUGUCAGGACUCUGGGUGGAGAACAAAUGGAGACGACUCGCUCAAGGACCAACGCCGACAUCUGGGCCAACAAGCUCAGCUACAGCAUCUCAAUCCCCACAGACGCCGUAGUCUUCGGAACAUCCAUCGUAGCAGAUGUUGAACUCUCGCCCAUUCGAAAAGGCAUCAAGCUCGGCAAGAUCGAGAUGCGGCUUAUCGAAGCUGUGACCAAAAGGAUACAAGCUGCCGAAGUACCCGACCAGCGCGGUGAUAGAUGCAAGGUUGACGAGACAGAUGUCGCAAAAGCAGACAUGGAGUUUCCUGAGAACUCGCGCGUCACCUUUGACGAGGAGAAUCCGGACAAUCCCAUCAUGGAAGAUGAGAAAUACGUCUUCAAGGCCACGCUGGAACUACCCAAGUCUCUCAAGCAGUGCAGACAAGAUGUGGAUUCGCACAACAUCAACAUCACCCACCGCUUCAAGCUCAUGGUCAAUAUCCACAAUCCCGAAGGCCACGUUUCUCAGCUUGUGUGCCGUCUUCCUGUCAAGCUGUUCAUCUCCCCCAACUUGCCAGUCGAUGAUCAGAACGAGGUUCAGGUAGCCGCAAGAACCAUGACAGAUGCCGAACUCAACCAACAAGAGGUUCAACUGAACGCCCCGCCCGAGUACGGAAGACAUCAACUAGACGCCCUCUACAACGACAUCAACACCGGUGGAUACAUGAGUCGUGCGCCCAGUGGAUCUGCCACUCCUUUCUACGCUCAGAGUCGCAACGCCUCUUCCGAGAACCUGCAGUCUUUGAACGGCGUCGCAGAC